AUUUAUCCCUUUAGUAAGGAUAAUAUGUUGAUCAUAAAUAAUUAUUUUAAUAAUAUCUUCUACACUCUUUAUAAUUAUUAUAAUAAAUAUAAUAAUAAUAAUAAUAAAUAUUAUAUUAUUAAUAAUAAUAUUAAAGAUUUAGUAAUUUAUGGUCUUAAUUUAGAAUCUAAUGUAAAUAAACCUAAUUUUCUUAAAGAUAUUAUAAAUAUAAUAAAUAUUCCUAAUAAUUUAUUAUAUAUUAUUGUAGGUAUUUUAUUAAUAGAUGGUCAAAUUAAUUAUUCAUCUAAAAAGAAUUUAGAUAAUAAAAAUAUUAUUGAUAUUAAUUGUAAAUUUAAAUUAAAAUUAUCUAUAAAAAAUAAAGAAUAUUUAAUUUAUGUAUAUAAAUUAUUAGAACAUUAUUGUAUUUCAAUACCUAAAUUAAAAAAAGAUAUAAUAAGAGGUAAAGAAUAUUUAAAAUUAGAAUUUUAUACUAGAUCUUUACCAUGUUUUACAUUAUUAAGAAAACAUUUUUAUAAAGGUAGAAUAAAAAUUGUACCUAAUGAUUUAUAUGAUUUAUUAAAUUAUGAAUCUUUAGCUCAUAUAAUUAUAUGUAAUAGUUCAUUUAUUAAAAAUAAAGGUAUUUAUUUAAAUAUACUAUCAUUUCUAUUAAAAGAAAUAAUCUUUAUUAUAAAUAUCUUUAUUAUUAAAUUUAAUUUAAAUUGUACUUUACAUAAAUUAAAUAAUAAUUAUAUUAUUUAUAUUAAAUUUAAAUCUAUUAAAUUAUUAUACAAUAAUAUUAAAAAUUAUAUUCUACCUUCUAUAAAAUAUAAAUUUUAUUAUAAAUUAAAAUUAUUAAAAUAA